UCUAGAAUAAAUAUAUUGUCGCAACGAAUGGAAAACUCAUCACAACACGUAUUUCAUAGCACAAGAAUCGAUUUGGAAUAUACAGUAGAUACUUUAUGGAAGAGCAUCAAAUGUAGAGAGUGUGCGGCAUAUAUGAUAUCUAUAUAAUUCGUGUGUAUAUACACAUGGCUUGUAAUUACUGGAUUGUUUAUACAUAACUGUUUGUGAAAUGGGUAGCGGAGAGAGACGAGGUGGUGGUCGACGAGGAGGCAGAAGAAUUGGCCCCAGAUCUCAUGGUAUUCGCUUUGGUGGUCGUUCAAGAUUUCGUGGUGGAUUUGGAAGAUCGUCUGGAGGAAGAAUUAGAAUUCAAGGCAAAGCAGGGAUUGCGGUUUUAUUAAUAUUUUUGGGGAUUUUCAUGUGUUUCCCGGGCAUAGUGUUUACAGCAGCAUUUUGUGAUUUUGAUUUCUCAUAUAGUUUCAAUUCGUUUUGUAUAACUGGACCGGUAUUACUAGGGACAGGAUUGUGCCUUUUAGUGGGUGGUAUAAUCGCAUGCAUUGUAUUCAAAAAUAAAUUUGGAAACGUUUCUGAUAAUGAUGCAACUGUGGAACAUCAACUCCAACAACCACAAACUACUGUUACAAAUGUGUCAGUCGUUGGUGGAUCCACAGACCCAUCCCAACAGCCACCUGUAGCACCAGUUCCACCUGUAGCACCAGUUCCACCGCCACAACCAUUCCCUCCACAGUAUAAUAUGGCACCCCAAGCCUAUGGUUCAUACAUGUCGCCACAGUAUCAACCAACAGACACUCAAGCUCAGUAUCCACCCUAUCAACCAACAGACACUCAAGCUCAGUAUCCUCCCCCUAUCCCUGGAAUGUAUGAUACAGGACUUCAGCCAAUGGGUACAAUGCCUCCUGGAUAUAACAACACGGGAGCAUAUAACACGCAGUAUAACACAGGACAGUACUAUACAAAUGCGGACAAUCCCGGAAAAACACGAGAUGAAGGAUCAGCGCCUGUUGAUACUGGUCCUGAUGUGCCACCUCCGACAUAUAGUGACGUAGUCAAUCAAAAAUAAAUGCCUGGACAAUGGAUGUUGACCUUGAAGUAAGCACGCAUAGUACUAUCAAGAAAUGUGCCCUCCCAUGCCGCGCCAUAGUACGGAUGUUGACCUUGGAGUUAGCAUAGUACUAUCAAGAAGUGUGAUCUCCCAUGCCGCGCCAUAGUACGGAUGUUGACCUUAGAGUUAGCACAGUACUAUCAAGAAAUGUGCCCUCCCAUGCCAUAGUAAUAGAUGUUGACCUUGGAGUUAGCACAGUACUAUCAAGAAAUGUGCCCUCCCAUGCCAUAGUAAUAGAUGUUGACCUUGGAGUUAGCACAGUACUUUCAAGAAAUGUGCCCUCCCAUGCCAUAGUAAUAGAUGUUGACCUUGGAGUUAGCACAGUACUUUCAAGAAAUGUGCCCUCCCAUGCCAUAGUAAUAGAUGUUGACCUUGGAGUUAGCACAGUACUUUCAAGAAAUGUGCCCUCCCAUGCCAUAGUACGGAUGUUGACGUUGGAGUUAGCACAGUAUUAUCAAGAAGUGUGCCCUCCCAUGCCAUAG